GGCCUCUCGCGGCGCCCUGGUGGCGGCGCGGGGCGUUGCUCCGCGCUGGAUUGGUGACGCCUGGGGCCCGCGGGCGCCUGCGCAGUGGUCAGAGCCGCGCUCGCGCCGAGGGUCUGCUGAGUGACCGCGGCUGCUCCACCGCGGACGCCGCGCCAUGGCGGAAGAGGAGCUGGAGGCUCUGAGGAGGCAGAGGCUGGCGGAGCUGCAGGCCAAGCACGGGGAUCCUGGCGAUGCGGCACAACAGGAAGCAAAGCACAGGGAAGCAGAAAUGAGAAACAGUAUCUUAGCCCAAGUACUGGAUCAGUCAGCCCGGGCCAGGUUAAGUAACUUGGCACUUGUAAAGCCUGAAAAAACUAAAGCAGUAGAGAAUUACCUUAUACAGAUGGCAAGAUAUGGACAAAUAAGUGAGAAGGUAUCAGAACAAGGUUUAAUAGAAAUCCUUAAAAAAGUAAGCCAGCAAACAGAAAAGACGACAACAGUGAAAUUCAACAGAAGAAAGGUAAUGGACUCUGAUGAUGACGACGAUUAUUGAACUAAAAGUGCUUACAGACUAGAGCUUAACAGAACAAUUCUAGGACAGAAGUUAAGAUCUGAUUAUUUACCUUGUUUAUUGUCUAUAGGCCUUUAAAAAAAUAAACUUGUUAUGCAAAAUAAAACAUUUGGGUAAGUUGUUUUAGUAUCAUAGCCAAGUGGCCAGAUCUGUGUUUUGAAUUUUUCCCCUUCCUACCAGAAGCUUUUAACCACGUGUACCAGCAUGAAUAUAUCCUUUGCAAAGGUGCCAUGAGUAUUAAAAAGCGAAAGUGUCCGUGUGUCCAUGGUGGAAACAAGCUGCUCCAGCACUCCAGGAAGAAAAACAUAGCGGCCACCAGUAACUGGGGAAUUAAAACCUGUGGAUCGGACUAAAUCCGGUUCAACAUCUGAGCACAUCUAAUAUUCUAAGACCUAGGUUCUGAAAUCAGGUUAUGAAAACCUGCACUCAUAAAUUACUGUUUUCAGAGACGGAGACUUGCUGUGUUGCUGAGGCUGGCCUCAAACUCCUGAGCUCAAGUGAUCUUCCCACUUCAGCCUCCCACGUGGCUGAGAUUGUAGGUACAAGCCACUACUCAUAUAUUUAAAUCAUAAACCUAACCAUCAGCCAGCUGUUUGGUGUAACUUUUUAAAUGUCUUAGUCCUGUGAGAACCAGUGCAGGAGUAAAUUGAUAACAAGGUGAAUGGGACUAGUAGAAAAGUGAAGGGAAAUGUGGUUUGCAAACCCCAGUCUCUGUUAGCCAGCAUAUUACUGAUACAUGUUUAAACUGGACAUUCUACUGUAUUUGAAAUUUGUAUUUACUGUCAGUGAAGAAAGUGUUAGAAUAAUAUCUAACAUUCUAAGUAGGUAGAACCAUUAAGAAUAUCAACAUUUUUUUAAAGGAACAGUGAUCAUAAGAUGAAAUCUGGUUAGGAAUUUUUUGUCAGGGUAAACUGGUAAUUUAAAAAGACAAAUUUGGUCAGGAAUUUUGAAAAAAUCCCAAUUACAGGUAAAUUUUGCUUUAGGCUUUAUUUACAUAAAAAUGCUAGGGGGACGUGAGCCAGUUCUCUGCAAGUUCUGUUCUGUGCUUUCUCUCGCAGAAUAACCACUGUCCUAAUGGCAGCUACUCAGUGUGUUUAAAGAUGGUCAGAUUCUUGUCUUUCAGACACCUGAGAAUGAAAAGUGGUUCUGUACACAAGGGGAGAGGCUUCUGGUAGCAGCAAGAGGCUGGAGUGCAUUUAGGGAGCGGAGAGUGGUUGUUCUAAACUUAUUUAAAUCAGUGAACUCGCACUACUUUGAAUUCAGAACUUUUCUUCACAAAAUGGUAAUAAGGGCAUUAACAGUUUCUAAACUGUCAUGUCAAGUUUUGAGUAGCAGUUGGAAAAAA